UCGCGCCCUCUCAGCUCCCAGAGCUGCUGCCAAUGACUGGAUGUGGUUGCAUUAAGAGCUGGAAAGAUGGAGUUACCAAAAGGUGCUAUGGCUGGUAGAUCACAGGAGUUGGAUUUUAAGCUCCCCACUAUGUCCAAGGAGGAUCUUGAAGAGCUACAGGAUGCCAUCGACAGAGGAAAUCUUUCAGCAGCAGCUUCCAAAGUUCAGGAAUCCCUGGAGCUAUUGAAAAAUGCCAGGCUCGACAUUGCCAUCAUGGGGGAGGCAGGCGCUGGGAAAUCAUCCUUCAUCAAUGCCAUCCGAGGUUUGAAAGAUGAUGAUCAAGAUGCAGCCAUGGUUGGCAUCUUGGAAAUGACAAUGGAGCGAUUCGCAUAUUCUUAUCCUAAACUCCCCAAUGUGAGGAUGUGGGACCUACCGGGAAUCGGGAUUUCAAGAUUCCGGCCUGACCUCUACCUCCAGCAGGUCAACUUUGCCCACUAUGAUUUCUUCAUCAUCCUUGUUUCACACAGGUUCAGAUCCAUGCACGCUGACCUGGUUUGGGAGAUCCAGAGGAUGGGGAAAAAGUUCUACUAUGUGCAUUCCAAGGUGGACAUGGACUUGUGUAACGAGAGAAGGAAAAAGAACUUCAGCCAGGAGGAUGUCCUGCAGAGAAUCCGAAGUAAUUGCAUCGAGUCCCUGCAGAGACAAGGGGUGAGCUCUCCACAGGUUUUCCUCAUCUCCAGAUGGGAAUUCGACAAGUAUGAUGGUCCCCGACUGCAAGAAGCCCUGGCAGAUGAACUCGAUGCUCACAAGAGACAUGUCUUCCUUCUUGGCCUAUCCAGCAUUUUCAGACCCAUCUUUGACAGGAAGAUGAAAGUCCUGCAGGGACAGGUCAGGGUACAAGCCCGCACCAUCUCCGCCAGUCUUAUCCCAGGUCUCUCCAUUGCUUGUGAUGUUCCCCAGUUGAUGGGAUGCAUGGCAAGUUACUGCAAGAUCUUUGGCUUGGAUGAUGACUCCCUGGUUAACCUUGCUCAGCGGGUUGGGAAGCCUGUCGUGGACUUGAGAGCUGUGAUAAGGUCUCCCAUAGGCAAAGAAAUAUCUAGUCGUUUUACUUUGAAUCUGCUGGCCAAGGCCAGAGCUGAUUGCAUGACAAGAACCAGGCAUAUCCUCAGUGCGAUACCAUUGAUUGGUGGUUUGGUGGAGGCACAGAUGGCUUUUUCGGUCACGUGCACCGUCCUACAGCACUUUCUGGAUAACGUGGCUGAAGAUGCCCAAAGGGUCCUGAUCAAGGCAUUGGAAGUGGAAGAGAAAAAGGAGCUGGAUGCUACUGGAGAAGCUUCAUCUGGUAUAUUUCUAGAUCUGGACAUUAAACUCCCUAGUAUGUCAGAGGAGGAAUUCAAACAGCUAAAGGCCGCGAUUCAAAUGGGGAGCCUUUCUGAAGUAGUUUCCAAACUGGAGCAAUCAAAAACCACUAAGCUCAAUGUCGCCAUCACGGGAGAGUCAGGAUGUGGGAAAUCAUCCUUCAUCAAUGCCAUGCUUGGUCUGGAUGAUGAUGACAAAGAUGCAGCCAAGGUUGAUGUGGUGGAAACAACAAUGGAGCCAACUCCUUAUCCUCAUCCUAAACAUCCAAACAUUACCAUGUGGGAACUUCCAGGAAUUGGGAUGCCAAGUUUCCGGCCUGACAGGUACCUCCAGCAGGUCAAUUUUGCCUGCUAUGAUUUCUUCAUUAUCAUCGCUUCAGAGCGGUUCAGAUCUACACAUGCUGACCUGGCCCAGGAGAUCCACAGGUUGGAGAAGAAGUUCUUCUUUGUGCGCUCCAAAGUGGAUGUAGACUUGCAAAAUGAAAAAAGCUUCAGUGAGGGGAGGAUAUUGCAAAAAAUCAGAGAUGAUUGUGUGACAUGGUUUCAGGGAGAAGGGAUGAGCUCCCCACAGGUUUUCCUUGUCUCCAGAUGGGAGUUUGGCAAGUACGAUUCUCCACAACUACAGGAAACUCUGGCAGAUGACCUCGACUUGUUCAAGAGACAUGUUUUCCUUCUUUCUCUGCCCAACAUUUCCAGACCUAUCCUGGAAAGGAAGAAGAAAGCCCUGCAGGGAGAGGUCUGGAAACAAGCCCUGGUGUCCUGCACCAUCUCUGCCAUUCCUAUCCCAGGUCUCCCUGUCGUUUGUGACAUUCCCUGGUUGAUGGGCUGCAUGGCAAGUUACCGCAAGGCUUUUGACUUGGAUGACGACUCCCUGGUUUACCUUGCCAAGAUGACUGGGAAGCCCAUCGCAGACUUGAGAGCCGUGGUAAGGUCCCCUCUAACUGAAGAAAUAUCAAAGGAUAUUACGUUGAAUCUGCUGGCCAAGGCUAAAGCUGAUUACAUGACAAGAACAAAACGUAUCCUCAGUGGGUUACCAUUGGUUGGUACAUCUAUCGAGGCAGAGUUGUCUUUUUGGGUCACCUACACUGUCCUGCGGCGCUUUCUAGAUGACAUCGCUGAAGAUGCCCAAACUGUUCUGACGAAGGCAUUGGACGAAGAAGAGAUAGUGGAGAUGGCGGCUACAGAAGAGGCAUCAAGGAGCCUAUUUCAAGAUCUGGAUGUUAAAGUCCCUGGUAUGUCCGAGAAGGAGGUUGAAGAGCUAAAGGCUGCCAUUGAAACAGGGAGCCUUUCAGAAGCAGCUCAAAAAGCACAGGAGGCCCUGGAGCUGUCAAAAAACACCAACCUCAACAUCGCCGUCACUGGGGAGUCGGGAUCUGGGAAAUCGUCCUUCAUCAACGCCAUGCUGGGCUUAGCCGACGAUGACAAAGGAGCGGCCGAGGUUGGCAUCAUAGAAAUAACAACAGAGCCAAUCGCUUAUCUGCAUCCCACGCUCCCCAAUGUGAAGAUGUGGGACCUUCCUGGGAUCGGGACUCCAAGUUUCCGGCCUGACACCUAUUUUCAGCAGGUCAGCUUUGCCCGCUAUGACUUCUUCAUCAUUGUCACUUCGAAGCGCUUCAGCUCCUGUAACGCAGACCUGGCCCAGGAGAUCCAGAAGAUGGGGAAGAAGUUCUACUUUGUGCGCUCCAAAGUGGACGAGGACUUGAGAAACGAAAGUAGAAAAAGAAACUACGACCAGGAGACCAUCUUGCAGAAAAUCCGAGACGACUGUGUGGAGAAGCUGAGGAGUGAAGGGGUAAACUCCCCGCAGGUUUUCCUCAUUUCCAGGUGGGAAUUUGACCAAUACGAUUCUCCCCAACUGCAGGAAACUCUGGCCAACGAACUGGACUCUCACAAGAGACACAUUUUCCUCUUGGCGCUUCCCAACAUCUCUAGGCCAAUCCUGGAUAAGAAAAAAGAAGCCCUGAGGAACCAGAUCUGGAAACGAGCCCUGAAGUCGUGCGCUAUUGCGGCUGUUCCUAUCCCCCACCUCUCUGUCUCAUGUGAUGUUGACAUCCUGGUGGAAUCCAUGACCGAGUACUGCAAAGUCUUUGGUUUGGAUGAAGAAUCCCUCGAUAGACUCUCCAAACAGGUCAAGAAACCCGUGUCUCAGUUGAAGGGUGUGAUCAAGACCCCAUUGGCCAAGGAACUAUCAAGAGAAGAUGCUUUGGAGCUGCUGGGCCAGGUUUCAGGUAGUGCAGUGAGGUACACUUACAGUCGAUAUCUCCACAGCUUCGUCAAAUCGUCUAAGCCUACUGAUCUUGCCUGGGAGCAAGGGGACAAGGAGAUGGGUGAAACCAUGAUAAAAAUUAAAAAGUACAUAAGCCUCCUACCAGUGUGUGGAACCCUCCUAGCUGCAGAGAUCUCGUUCCUAGUCACAGCCUACGCCCUGCAUUACUUUCUGGAUGGCGUUGCUGAGGAUGCCCAUCGGGUGCUCACCCAGGCUCUGGAGGUGGCUGAGAAAAAGUCUGUUUAGUGGCACCAGGGAGGAUGUUCUUGCAGUCAGAGUGUUGGAGUGUGACUCAGGAGACCUGCCUCCACCACAGCAUGCCUGUGUGACCUUCAUCACAUCUAGUCAUCUCUGUGCCUUAGUUUCCCCUGCCUAUAACAUGGAGAGAAUAAUCCUUUGUCUACUUAGACUGUAAGCUCAUUGGAGGCAGAAACUGUGUCUCUCUCUGGUGCAAUGGGGCCCUGAUCUGGGUCGGGGUUGUAGAGAUAUGUUUAUUGAAGAUUAUAAUUUAGAGACGCUCCCACAUAAUGGACUGUAUUACGAAUGCAGGAAUGUAGGAUGUGCCCUGGGAGCUGGGUUGAGAACCCAGUACAGCUGUGCACAGCAGUUCAGAAACAAGCUAGAAGCUCUUUAGUGUGUUUGAUUAAAGUUGUAUUCUUGUGUGUCACAGA